CGAUGCCAUAACAAAUUAUUAUUUAUAUAUAUCAUUUUUAUUUAAAAAUGUUUUUCAAAACAUUUCAGCAUAUGAUUCAAAUAAUAUUUGCCAUAUGUACAGUGAGUAAACUUCUGUCCAUUUUUGUCAAUAUUUUCACUGUAAUGUUUUCUUUCAAUUAACCUCGAUUCAAAAUAUAUACUCCUGAAAGCUUCACAGAGUAACGAAUUAAACUUUAAAUUAUACUUAAUUUUAUUUCAGCUUGUGCACAGAACCAAUAUGAUGUACAAGUUUUGUCCUCAGAGUUGUUUCAAACACAAUUAUAGAGUGACAUUGAAGAGAAUGUUGCAAAAAUCAUUUUCUGUCACAUCACAAGGGAGAAAUUCUACAAAAUGGUACCCUGAUGCUGAGUUUUUGAAAAACUGGAAUAAUCAUUUUCUCCAUGUUGAUGAAAAGAAGGUAGAUCCUAAGUGGAACAUCAGAGAUUAUUACCUUAAAGAGAAACCACUAGAGACAACUGUGAAAAAUAUAACAAUGAACUUUGGUCCGAAUCACCCAGCAGCCCAUGGAGUUCUUCGACUGGUGAUGGAACUGGACGGAGAGCUGGUUAUACGGGCUGACCCUCAUGUGGGACUGCUGCAUAGAGGUACAGAGAAGUUGAUUGAGUACAAAACAUACCUUCAGGCACUGCCUUACUUUGACCGGCUGGACUACGUGUCUUGUAUGUGUAACGAGCACGCCUAUUGUCUAGCAUUAGAAAAAAUGCUCAACAUUCAGGUACCUGAGAGAGCCCAGUACAUUCGAGUCCUGUACAGUGAGCUGACUCGGUUGCUGAACCACAUGUUGGGUAUCGGCGGACAUCUGCUGGACAUUGGAGCGUUGACUCCGUUCUUCUGGAUGUGUGAGGAGCGGGAAAAAAUCUUUGAGUUCUACGAGAGAGCCUCGGGCGGAAGGAUGCACGCCUGCUACUUCAGGCCGGGUGGUGUCAGUCAGGAUCUACCAUUGGGCUUGCUACAUGACAUUCAUCACUUUAUUGAGAGAUACGUGGAGCGGAUCGAUGAGGUUUGUGAUCUGAUAGCGGAAAACCGAGUGUUCAAGGAGCGGACUAUUGAUAUCGGCCGUGUCACUGCGCACGAGGCCAUAAAUCUGGGCUUCAGUGGACCAAUGCUGAGAGCUUGUGGUAUUAAAUGGGACUUACGGAAAACUCAGCCAUAUGAAAUUUACGACAAACUCGAAUUCGAUGUGCCCGUUGGAAUAAAUGGGGACUGCUAUGAUAGGUUCUUGGUGCGGAUAGAGGAAAUGCGACAGUCUGCCAAUAUCGUCAGCCAAUGUCUGAAUCAGAUGCCCUCUGGAGAGAUCAAAGUAGAUGACAUGAAGAUUUCCCCUCCCCCUCGAGCAGAAAUGAAGACCUCAAUGGAAGCCACCAUCCACCACUUCAAGCUGUUCUCCCAGGGGUUUGCUGUACCACCAGGGGCUACAUAUGCUGCCAUAGAGCACCCCAAAGGUGAGUUUGGAGUGUACUUAGUAUCAGACGGUACCACGAAACCGUACCGUUGCAAGAUACGACCGGCCGGUUACGCCCACUUGGCAGCCAUUGAUCAUCUGGUCAACCGAGGGUUCCUGGCCGACAUGGUGGCUAUAAUUGGUUCAAUUGACAUUGUGUUUGGAGACAUUGAUCGGUAACAAAUAUAUUUUCACUUGUA